CCCCCAGCAUCAGCUCUUCCUCUUGCUCAAUUUUAUGUUGUGGUCACAGCUGCAAAGAUUAACAAAAUGUUUGGGACAGUGGUGGUUGGAGUUGGAAUUGCUGGCUUAGCACGAAUCCGAGACUUGAUGAAUCCGAUGCCUUCCAGCCCUUCUGAGCACCUGAAACUCUUCGGUUUUGUAUCCAGGAGAAGUUUUGGCAAUAUUAAUGAGGCCAAGCAGAUUAGCCUGGAAGAUGCUCUAAGAAGCAAAGAGAUCCAUGCAGCCUUCAUCAGCACAGAGAACAGAAGCCAUGAAGAAACCAUCAGAAUGUUUUUAGAAGCUGGGAAACAUGUCCUCGUUGAAUACCCCAUGACUUUGUCUGCUAAGGCGGCCCAUGAGCUCUGGGAGAUGGCUGAGCAGAAAGAUAAAGUACUCCAUGUGGAGCACAUUGAGCUUCUGACUGAAGAGUACAAGCAGCUGAAAAAAGAGGUGGCUGGGAAAGACCUGGUGAAGGGAACAUUGCAUUUCACAGGUAGUGUCCUCGAUGAAAACAAAACAGGAUUCCCAGCUUUCAGUGGAAUUGCCCGACUGACUUGGCUGAUUGACCUCUUUGGAGACCUCACUGUUACCUCUGCCACCAGAGAAAAGCAGAAGGAUAAGAAUUAUUCCAGAAUGACUGUUCACUUUCAGACGGCAAACAAGAAACCUCUGACUUGGAUUGAAGAAAGGGGACCAGGGAUGAGACGUGAAAAGAAAAUCAACUUCUGUUUCACAAGUGGUUGCCUGGAGAACUUCCCUCAAGCCCCAAGGUCUGCUGUGGGCCUUUUCAUGCAGGAUCAGAACCUCUUUGCCAAAAAACUGCUGGGCCAGGUAUCCAAGGAGGAGCUGGCUGCUGAGAAAUGGCGAAUUUUGCGGUGUCUUGACCUUGCUGAGGUGAUCCAACAGCACUGUGAACAGCCAGAGAAAAUCUGUUCCUGAGACUGCUCUUAGGGAAGGAGGAACAUGGCAGACGGGAAAGCUGUAGGGCUAGAGCUCAUUGUUGCCAUCAAGCAGUUGCUAUUUCUGUUUCAUUACCUUCUUUUUGAUUAGUUGUGAUUCCUAGGCUCUCCGGGUGGGCUGGAGAGCCUGGGCUAUACCCCAUGCCUUCUGGUUUGCACCAGACCAAAGCAACAUUACCCUGCUCUGACGCAUUGCCGUCCUUCCAGGCAGAUAGGAACCUAGCAGCAACAAGCUUUCCUGUGAUUCAGCUGGAAAUGUCCCUGAGAGCAGAUCCUGGAGGACUGCAAAUACUAGAUAUGAUUUUCCCUCCUGAUGUUUUUUUUUUCCCCUCUAGAUACGUCUGAAAAUAAGAUGUGUCUCAUUUAGUAGUAUUCAUGUAGUAUUAUCUAAAAAGAAGCAUUAGCUAGAAUGAAGUUCUAGGUGAGUUUUCCACCUCUUUACUUGAUCUGCAGAACUUGUGCCACCACAGUCCUGACCUUUUCUUCCAGAUGCCCUGAGUUGUUCUGUGUAUUUGCUCUAGUUAGUUGUGCCUCUUUGGGUUUUUUUUUCGUGUGGUGUUUGGUUUUGGUUUUUUGGUUUUUUUUUUUCCACAUUGGAAAUCAUCUACCUUCAAAUAGAAUCUAUACUGGUAUCAAAACAGAAUAGAAGAAAUAUCUUGUCUCUUGAUAGAUGCCAUGUUGAGUUCACUCAAUUUCUCUGGUGCCCUGUGCCAACAUAGAAAUCUUUUUCCAGCAGAGAUUAGAACAGUACGUUAAACUAACGCAUCGCCUGCCUGCUUUCUACUGAAUCUAAAUAUUUUUCUUUUUUUGUACUGGAAGUGGCAUGUUAUUGUCCUUCAUUUGUGUUCUGUAUCUAAUUCAGCAUGUGAACGCAUCACUGCUAAAAAUAAUAUACGUCCUGCCUUUAAGAAAAAAAUAACUAAUGUGCUCCUGGAAACAGUGAAAUUCAUUAGAAAUAGUGAUAAAAUUAGAAUAGAACUGUAGAAAAUGGAGCAAUUUGCAAAUAUAGCCACGCAGUUAUGGCGUAUGACACCUGUGGGGAUGGGUAUUUAGCAUUUUACAGUAGUCCCAGGGUCACAUAUGAAGACAUUAUCACUUCCUUAAAGAAGCAUUUUAGUUUUAGGAGAAGCCUAAACAGUGCACAAAACUAUUAACAAUUCCUCUGUUUGCCUUUUACUUUCUAAUUACAGCAUCUGUCAGUGCUAUAUUAAUAUAGCAGCAAACUUGCAGUUGUUCUUUCAAACACAGAACCAUCAUUUCUUUUCAUGUUAUCACUUGGGCAAUUUUUUAAUAAGGGAGCAUAUAUGUUGUGAAUGUAUACAUAAUUACAGCCAGUCAAUAUUGAUGGAAAAAAGUCUUCCUUUGGGUAAAUCAUGUUCAAUCAGAAGUUGGAUACAGUUCAGUUAGUUGGAAACAAGGAAGGAAAGACUGUGUAUUUUUUCCCAAAUCAGUCAGAUUUUAGGAGCGACUGGAGCUUGAUAUGUGAAUGAAUUCUGCAUGUGAAAUUUGUUUAAAUCUACUUUAUCUGUUAAAAUCAGUGAAAACCCUCCUGUUGACUCAAUGGAUUGAAAUCCAUGUGGGUUGGCAGCAGAUUUGUGCAGGAAGAUCAUGCAGUUGUCCACCCAAAUGGACACCUUACUGAGCAUUCACAGGGACUUCUUUACCGAUGUGAUGGACGUUGCCUGGGCAGAUCUGAUGCUGUAUGAGGGGAAGAAGUGGGUUUGUGGCAAAAUGCAAAAAGUCCAUCUGGGAUCGGAAUGAAAUUAGAAUCUGCUGUGUAUAUCUAUCUGCUAUGCAUGACAGCACGUGAGAGGUCCUGUUUCUUGACAAACUCCUCAGCUGUGAAUAUGGGGUGAAUACCACUUGUUUGCAUGCUAAUUCACAACGGGUAGCUGGGGAGGGAGGGCAAAGGGAAGGGAGAUUCAUGCUCCCCAUCUAUAGGCAUCAAAAUAAGCCACCACGUCUCCCUGGGCACGCUCUGCAGUUGCUGGCAAGAGCAGUAUCCCUCUAAGAAAUGGGGAAUAAAUUCACGGGAGCUCUGAAAAGCAGCAGUAUAACAUUGUGCAGUGAAUCACCCUCUGGAGAAGCUUGUUUCUAUAGAGAGCACCUGGGGAAAUUAGCUGGUUAAUUUGAGCUAGGGAAGGCAGAUGCCUAGAGCUGGAUAUCCUGCGCUCUCCUCCAUCCCCCUCCCAUUCCUCCCAGCUAACCUGCUUGCCUACUGCUGUCUGCCCUGCUCCUGGGAGCCUGCAGUAUUCAAAUGGCUUUUCCUUCAGCCCUGUGAAUUUGCUGAGGUACUGCGAUGGUUUGUAUAUGAGAGCUACUGGAUGUCAAGCUUCAAACCUAAGUGUUGUUUAACCAGAUGUCGAACUCACCAAUAAAAUGUUGGAGCUCUUAAUCAUUCCUUUUAGUUCCCGUUGUCCUUCAUUAGCAGUUCCCAUUGCCUGUGCUGAAAGUGGCUCUGUCCCAAUCGAUUCUUUUCCCCCCUUUCACUUGUUGAGCCCUGUGAAAUCCUGCCGGCGACUACAGGCUGUGAUCCUAUCCUAAAGCCCUCAGCUGUCUCCCUCUCCUGUUUCAGAGUUUUGAAUACAAGUGUGGUGGGGUUUGUGACCUUAUCUGAACUCGUGAGCCCUCCCACAAAAUUCCUGCCCUUCCAGUCCUGUCUGACUCCUGCCCAGGAGUACUGGCAAGUCUAAAUCUUGGGUGUACGCUUCCAGUUUCCCAUUCAACAACUGGUGUAUUUUAGCAACAUUUUUGAAUCUGCUAAGUAGAAUCUGAAACAGAUAUUAAAAUGGGUUUUCUUGUGGUUUUAAUAAACUGCUUUAUCAUAGCAGAAAUACUAUCAGAGG